UAAAAAUAAACUUUAAUGUCUUUUCCAUUGUAUUUGCUUUUUUUACUUCCCUUAUAUUUCGUGUUGCCGUCUAAAGCAUGGCUACGAAAAUUGCAGAUCGAACAAUCCACCAAGUAUUCAGAACAAUUGGAGGAAGUUCGAAAUCUUCUAAAAUAUUCAGAACAAUUAGAGGAAGUUCCAAAUCUUCUAAAGCAUGUCGAAGGUGUGCCCAUAAAACUUGUGGAAAUAGUUGAUGUUCUCCAAAAACUUUGCAUCAACCAUAACUUCGAACAGGAGAUUGACUCAAUCGUGAAAACUCAUUACACUACAAUUUCCAAUGGCCAUGUUUCUAACCAUGACCAAAGUCUUUAUGAGGUUUCCAUCAAUUUCCGAAUCCUUCGACACCAUGGUUAUUAUAUUCCAGCAGAUGUUUUUGCACGCUUCAAGCAAAAGAAUGGAAUGUUCCUUGAAGAAAUGGCCAAAGAUGUAAAGGGAUUAAUGGCAUUAUAUGAAGCAUCACAACUAAGCAUAGAGGGAGAACGUAUUCUUGAGGAGGCUGCGGAUUUUAGCAGCCAUGCUCUCAAAGAAAUGAUGCCUUUUCUUGACGAAGAUGAAGCUAUAAUGGUGAAAAAUACAUUAGAACAUUCGUAUCAGAGAACCUCGUCAACUUUCAUGGUCAAGAAAUUCAUCAAACAUUACUCGGGGACCACCAUGUCUCAACUUGCUGAGAUGGAGUUGGCUAAACUCCAGGCCCUACAUCGAACAGAAGUUACUCAAAUCUUCAAAUGGUGGAAGGAGUUGGGAUUAGCAAAGGAGCUGAAGCUUGCGAGGAGUCAACCAUUGAAUUGGUACUUAUGGCCCAUGGCCAGCCUUGAAGAUCCUAGCUUGUCGGAGCAAAGAUUGGAGCUCAUAAAGCCAAUUGCCUUAAUCUUUAUAAUUGAUGAUAUUUUUGAUGUUUAUGGAACUCUAGAUGAACUCGUCCUCUUCACAGAAGCAGUUAUUAGAUGGGGUGUUAAUUCUCUUGAACAACUGCCGUAUCACUUAAGGAUCUGUAUUCAGGCUCUAUAUGACAUAACACGGGAGAUCAGUGACAAAAUCUACAAGAAAUAUGGGUUCAACCCCAUAGAGUAUUUAAAAAGGACGUGGAUAAACCUUUGUGAAGCGUUUCUAGUGGAGGCAAAAUGGUUUGCUUCUGGACACUUGCCGAAUGCAGACGAAUACUUGAGGAAUGGGAUUGUAAGUUCUGGUGUAGAAGUAGUUACAGUACACAUGUUUUUCCUUCUCGGUUGUGCUACUAAUGAAGAUAGCGCCACAAUUAUUAAGGACAACCCGGGGAUAACAUUUUGUUUAGCAAAAAUACUUCGUCUUUGGGAUGAUCUAGGUAGUGCUAAGGAUGAGAAUCAAGAUGGUCAUGAUGGAUCGUAUGUGACAUAUUACAUGCGAGAAAAUGAAGGUUGUUCGCUUGAAAAUGCACAAGAACAUGUUAUGUCAAUGAUAUCAAACACAUGGAAACAGCUAAAUAAGGAGUGCCUCUCCCCAAAUAAAUUUUCAGCACCAUUCAUAAAGGCUUGUUUGAAUCUUGCAAGAAUGGUACCUAUGAUGUACAAUUAUGAUGAGAACCAUUCCCUUCCUCUUCUUAAGGAUUAUAUAAAUUCAAUGUUUUAGGGAGGAAAUAACAUUCAUCGCAACUUCGCAAGAAAUACUAAAAAGUUAAGAUUUCCACCUACCGAAACCAGUGGUGGAGCUACAUGGGGCGGUAGGGUACUACAGUAUCCCCAAAAAUUAAUAUAUAUAUAUAUAUAUAUAUAUAUAUAUAUAUAUAUAUAUAUAUAUAUAUGUAUGUAUGUUUUAUGUUAUUGUACCCUAACUAAAAAGAUUGAACCAUAUUUCUUUUAAUGUAAUGGAUAACUACAUAAAAUAUAUGUUGA